UCAUGUGUCGAUCGUUGUCGCCGUGCACCAGAGUCUCCAUUGGGGGGAUGGUCUUAGGGUUUCUGUUACAAAUCGUGGGCUUGUCCAUGCCUCAUUGGUGCGACUCGACACCACAGCACACUAAACGGAUGAACUUUGGACUCUGGAAAACUUGCGAGGAUAUAGGAAGAUCAGAUGAACACGUGCCGAUCUGUCAGUUUUCUCUGAAUGCUCAGAUAAUUUCGGUUCAGAUCCUGGAAGUGCUAGGAAUGCUGGGUACCAUACUAACUCCGUGUCUGGUGUUUGCCGCUUCCCUCAAAUAUGACGACAAGUGUAGGACUUCCGUUCUCUCCGUCCUCUCUGCAUUCGGUACAGCAUCGUUUAUUCUAAUGGGCGUAGUAAUAUUUGGAGUGGAUGUCCCGGAUGUAAAAUGGACACUUUCCUGGUCCUUUGGAUUUUCCGCCUCGGCAGGAAUUUGUUACUUGGGCGUGUUUGUCACUUUGAUAUUUGUUGCUCUGGAGAGCAGGACUGCACCCGGCCUUGAAGAAUGAUAAUUAGAUGUAACAAAACCCAGAAAUUACAAGGUGUGAAUUGACACUUUCUAUCUGUGGAUGGCUGAAAUAGACACCAUUGUUCAAUACCACAGAGGAUAUUCUCUGAGAAGUUAGUCAAACGUUCAUUCAAUAGUUUCUAACACUGGAAGUGGAGACUUUUAAAACUCUUUUUUUUUGGAAGUACAUGUACAUCAGAAGAUUAUCAAAUUUGGCGAUUCUUUAUAUCAUUCAUACCCAUAUACACCCGACAUCUAAUACAUAUAUCAUACCCAUAUACACCCGACAUCUAAUACAUAUAUCAUACCCAUAUACACCCGAUAUCUUAUACAUAUAUCAUACCCAUAUACACCCGAUAUCUAAUACAUAUAUCAUACCCAUAUACACCCGAUAUCUAAUACAUAUAUCAUACCCAUAUACACCCGAUAUCUAAUACAUAUAUCAUACCCAUAUACACCCGACAUCUAAUACAUAUAUCAUACCAAUAUACACCCGAUAUCUUAUACAUAUAUCAUACCCGUAUACAUCCGAUAUCUUAUACAUAUAUCAUACCCGUAUACAUCCGAUAUCUAAUACAUAUAUCAUACCCAUAUACACCCGAUAUCUUAUACAUAUAUCAUACCCGUAUACAUCCGAUAUCUUAUACAUAUAUCCGUUUGUACUCCUGGUAUCUAAUACAUAAAUUAUACCAAUAUACACCCGAUAUCUGACUUAUAUAUAAUGCCUGUAUAUACACCCGAUAUCUGAUACAUAUUUCAUACCUGUAUACUCCUGAUCAUAUAUCAUGCCUGAUAUACAUGUAUAUAUAAAAUUUUGAUCAUUGAUAUCCGAUGAUGGUGUCUAACAUCGUUGCAAAAAGACGCAUGUGACCCGCUAACUCACGAGUUAAGAAUUCACGGUCAAUUUCUUACCGUAUGCUACUGUACAAGCAAUUCGUCAACAUUUAGAAUUUGAGAAUUGUCUAUAUAUAUAUAUAUAUAUAUAUAUAUAUAUAUAUAUAUAUA